AUGGCCUCUUCCUCGCUGCCCCGUCGGCGCCUCAUCGGCCUGUCCACCAAAAUGUACUUUUCCCUCUCCAAGACCCGCGACUUCACCAGCCAAUUCCUCGCCCACCUCGCCACCGUCCCCCCCGCGCAGCUUUCCCAGAUCGACAUCUUCAUCAUCCCCGACUUCGUCUCUCUCGCCGAGACCGCGUUGCAGCUCAAGGCCGCGGCCGCACCGGUGCCCAUCUGGCCCGGCGCCCAGGACUGCCACUGGGAAGACCAGGGCGCCUUCACCGGCGAGGUCAGCCCCGCCGUGCUCGCCGAGGCGGGCGUGCGCAUCGUCGAGGUCGGCCACGCGGAGCGCAGGCGCAUAUUCGGCGAGGACGACGCGACGGUCGCCAGGAAGGCUGCCGCCGUGAGCAGGAACGGCAUGGUGCCCCUGGUGUGCAUCGGGGAGAAGAGCAAGGGGGACGUGGCGAUUGCGGUGGACGAGUGCAGCGUGCAGGUCGAUGCGGUGCUGAGCGGCCUGGCGGAUGACGCCGAGGUCGUGCUGGCCUACGAGCCGGUAUGGGCCAUCGGCGCGAGCCAGCCCGCGGGCGAGGAGCACGUCCUGGCCGUGGUGGCCGGCAUCCGGAAGCUCGAGAGCGUAAGUCGGCGGAACGGCCAGACGAGGGUGGUGUACGGCGGGAGCGCGGGGCCCGGCCUGUUCUCGCGACUGAGCAGCGGGCUGGACGGCCUAUUCCUCGGGCGGUUUGGGCAUGAUCCGGAGCGGUUCGUGCAAACGAUUCGCGAGGUUAUUGAGUCGUAG